AUGGCUGAUGAAGACGACACUCUACGAGAGAUAUCAGCUCUACAAGCAGCAAGGAAAAAGACUGAUGGCAAUGCCUCACAGCGUGCUGCUCCAUCAGACAAAGUCCCCAUGAUGGGCUCCAUAUCAUUCGACACAGACAUCUACUCGUCAAAACCACGCAGAGGUGGCGGAGACGACUAUGUAGACUCGAUCGACACACGAAUGGAUGUAGACGAUGACGACGACGAAGACAACUAUGCCCAAAAGUCGAAACGACUCGCAUCAUACACUGCUCCAAAAGGUGCCAUGAAGGACGUAGUAGACCAGGACGAUGACGUAGAUCCAUUCGCUGGUAUAUCUACGUCCAAACGUAUCAUCGAUCGAGAAGACGAUUAUAGGAAGAAGCGGUUGAAUCGUCAAUUGUCGCCUGAACGUGUCGAUGCUUUUGCUGCUGAUGGUGGUAAAAGUAGUAGUGCAGAUGCUAGGACGUAUAGUGAAGUCAUUCGGGAAGCUGAACUGGAUCGUGAUGAAGCUGACACUCGUAAAAGGAUUGCGAGAAAGGAGCAGGAAGCUAAAGAGAAUGGAUCGUCGCAGCAGGCAACCACUCUAGAUGCUAGCAAGAAACGUCGAUGGGAUGUUACGGCUACGGAACAAUCUCCUGCUCCAUCAGACGUGUCUACACAGCCUAUACAUUCUGAAUGGGAUGACGAUGACUCGGCAUCCUCUGUAGCAUCCGUAGCACCACCACCUAAAAAGAAGAAUAGGUGGGAUGAAACGCCAACCAUGGAUGGUAAAGCCGCCGCUGCACUAUCUAGUCGAUGGGAUGCUACACCCUCUGGUCAGCAAGUAUCAGCCACUCCCAAACGAUCUAGGUGGGAUGAAACUCCUGUAGGUGCCACAUCAUCAAGCAUGCAAUUCGCAGCCACUCCAAUGGGUAAUCUAGGAAUGAUGACUCCCAUGCAAGUACCAAUGACUCCAGAAGCCGCAAAUGCUAUGCGAUGGGAACGGGAAAUCGAUGUCCGUAAUCGUCCCUUGUCUGAUGAUGAAUUGGAUGCCAUGUUUCCUACCACUGGUUAUAAAAUACUAGAUCCUCCAUCAUCGUAUGCUCCCAUUCGAACACCUGCACGUAAAUUGAUGGCUACUCCUACUCCAAUGGCUGGUAUGGGUGGUGGGUUUGUCAUGCAGGAUGAAACUGUAAUGUCAAUGGAUAUGGCUCCUAGUAUCGAUGGUGUAGAUGGCUUGCAAUUCUUCAAGCCUGAGGAUAUGCAGCACUUUGGUAAACUGCUCGACAAGAAGGAUGAUGCCGAAUUAUCAGUCGAAGAAUUAAAGGAACGUAAAAUCAUGAGACUUUUACUCAAAAUCAAGAAUGGAACUCCUCCCAUGCGUAAAUCAUCACUACGACAAAUUACCGAUAAAGCUAGAGAAUUCGGUGCUGGACCAUUAUUCAACCAGGUACUACCACUACUCAUGUCGCCCAACUUGGAAGAACAAGAACGUCAUUUACUCGUCAAGGUCAUUGACCGUAUCUUGUAUAAACUCGACGAUCUCGUACGACCAUACGUCCACAAAAUCCUCGUAGUCAUAGAACCGUUAUUGAUUGACGAAGACUAUUAUGCUCGUGUCGAAGGUCGAGAAAUCAUAUCCAACCUCUCCAAAGCCGCUGGUCUCGCAACCAUGAUUGCAACCAUGCGACCUGAUAUAGACCAUAUAGAUGAAUACGUCAGAAAUACCACCGCACGAGCAUUCUCUGUCGUAGCAUCAGCACUAGGUAUCCCAGCCCUCCUCCCCUUCCUAAAAGCAGUUUGUAAAUCAAAGAAAUCAUGGCAGGCACGACACACUGGUAUAAAAAUCAUCCAACAAGUCGCCAUUCUCAUGGGAUGUGCCGUCCUCCCGCAUCUCAAAUCACUUGUAGAUGCAAUCCAUCACGGACUAACAGACGAUCAGCAAAAAGUACGAACAAUCACCGCUCUCGCUGUUGCUGCACUGGCUGAAGCAGCUGCUCCGUACGGUAUCGAGAGCUUUGAUUCUGUGCUGCGACCAUUGUGGGAUGGGAUCAAGGCACAUAGGGGGAAGGGACUGGCAGCCUUCUUGAAAGCUAUUGGAUAUAUUAUACCAUUGAUGGAUGCUGAAUAUGCAAAUCAUUAUACGAUUGAGGUUAUGCAUAUCUUGAUUAGGGAGUUUCAGUCGCCUGAUGAGGAGAUGAAGAAGAUUGUACUCAAAGUCGUCAAACAAUGUGCUGGAACUGACGGUGUCGAGGCACCUUAUAUCAAGGCACAAAUCUUGCCUGAAUUCUUCAAGAAUUUCUGGGUUCGUCGUAUGGCACUUGAUCGACGAAACUAUAAACAAGUAGUAGAAACAACCGUAGAACUAGCUCAAAAGGUUGGAGUCACGGAAAUAGUUGGUCGUAUAGUCGAAGAUUUGAAAGAUGAAUCCGAACCAUAUCGAAAGAUGGUGAUGGAAACCAUUGACAAGAUUGUAUCUACACUGGGAACUGCCGAUGUAGAUGCGAGAUUGGAAGAGCUGUUAGUAGAUGGUAUCGUAACGUGCUUCCAAGAACAGACUAUUGAAGAUAUUGUAGUCUUGAAUGGGUUUGGUACUGUAGUAAAUUCCCUUGGUAUGAGAGUCAAACCAUACUUGCCUCAAAUCUCUUCGACUAUCUUAUGGCGACUCAACAACAAGUCUGCCAAAGUACGACAACAAGCUGCCGACUUGGUAUCACGUAUUGCAGUAGUCAUGAAGCAAUGUGGUGAGGAGAAACUUAUGGGUCAUUUAGGUGUCGUAUUGUAUGAAUACUUGGGAGAAGAAUACCCUGAAGUGUUGGGCAGUAUAUUAGGUGGACUGAAGGCUAUAGUCAAUGUCAUUGGUAUGGGCUCCAUGACACCACCGAUAAAAGAUUUAUUGCCACGACUCACACCUAUAUUAAAGAAUCGACACGAAAAAGUACAAGAGAAUUGUAUAGAUCUCGUAGGUCGUGUAGCAGAUCGAGGAGCCGAGUUUGUAUCAGCUCGAGAAUGGAUGAGAAUCUGUUUCGAGUUGCUUGAACUCCUCAAGGCUCAUAAAAAGGGAAUUCGACGAGCAGCAGUCAAUACCUUUGGAUAUAUAGCUAAAGCCAUUGGACCUCAAGAUGUACUUGCAACGCUGCUCAACAAUCUCAAAGUACAGGAACGUCAAAACCGUGUAUGUACGACUGUAGCAAUAGCCAUCGUAGCUGAAACUUGUGCACCGUUUACGGUACUACCAGCACUCAUGAAUGAAUACCGAGUACCUGAACUGAACGUACAGAACGGAGUCUUGAAAUCUCUAUCCUUUUUAUUCGAGUAUAUAGGAGAAAUGGGAAAAGAUUAUAUAUAUGCCGUCGCACCGCUACUCGAAGAUGCGCUCAUGGACCGUGAUCUCGUACAUCGCCAGACUGCAUGUACAACCGUUAAACACAUCGCCUGUGGAGUCGUUGGUCUUGGCUGUGAAGAUGCACUCCUCCAUAUAUUGAAUUACGUAUGGCCCAACGUCUUCGAAACAUCUCCACACGUAAUCAAUGCUGUACUUGAAGCCAUUGAAGGGCUACGAUGUGCCUUGGGACCGUCUGUGGUAUUACAAUAUGUGUUGCAGGGGUUGUAUCAUCCUGCAAGGAAGGUGCGGGAGAUUUACUGGAAGGUGUUUAACUCGCUUUAUAUUGGAAGUCAGGAUGCGCUUGUUGCGUACUAUCCGAGGAUUGAGGAUUAUGGGAAGAAUCGGUAUGCGAGGGGGGAGUUGGAUUUGUUUAUUUGA